GCAGAGACGUACAUAUGGCUAGCCAUGGCGAUCUUCAUCGUCCUGGUGCGGUUUACGUCGCGGAUCAUCCAGGUGCGGUCGGUGAAGAACCUGCAACUGGAAGAUGGACUCAUGGGACUCGUUCUGAUCUUCUAUAUUCUCAUGACCGUUGCUACCACCAUGGUCGACCGGUACGGCAGCAACGAGGUCCCGCUGGACGAAAGCGACACCAUUGAGGCGGCGAGCAUCCCGGACCGUGUCCUGGGCAGCAAGUGGGUGAUUGUCGGGGAGCAGAUGUGGCUGGCGACCAUCUGGGGGUGCAAGGCUUGCUUGUUGUUAUUGUAUAACAACAUGACAACCGGCCUCACAUCCCACCGGUUCGUGCUCGCCGUCAGCAUCUUCUGCGCCGUAUCAUACGUUUUGAUCCAGAUCCUCUUCUUUGGCGUCUGGUGUCGUCCGUUCCACGACUACUGGGCCGUCCCCGCGACGACAACCCAGUGCUCCGUGUACACGAACCACCUGAUCCUUGUGCUGAGUCUGAACGUCUUCUCCGACCUGGUGAUGCUCUUCAUCCCGCUGCCGCUCUUGCUGCGCGCCAAACUCUCGCCGGGCAAGAAACUGACCCUGUGCGCCGUCUUCUCCCUCGGCAUCUUUGUCAUCAUCGCCUCCGUCAUGUCAAAGUACUACUCCCUCUCUGAACCGUACGGCUCCGAAUGGCGCGACUGGUACCUCCGCGAGGCCGGCACUGCCGUCAUCGUCGCCAACAUCCCGCAGACAUGGCCGCUGCUGCGCCGUAUCGUGGGCGCCCGCUCCUUCUUCUCCUCGGGCGGACAUACUUAUUCGCGCUCGCGCUCGCGGUCUCGUACCUGGAAGACGAAGAACACCACAGCCACGGGGGCAGGAGGAGUCAUACGAAGUCUGCAUAGCGCAACGGACAGCACGGAGUACAUGGCACCUGUUGAACCGUUGCAGAUCUGGGAACAGAAGCAGUUCCAUAUCAGCGAGGAG